AAAUUGUAAGAAAAUAUUAUCAGAAAAAUAAAGGAAGAUAUCAAGUUUUGAAGGAGAAUAUAAAAGAGUCAUGACUACUUUGUCAAAGAUUCUAUGUGUGUUGAUCAUUCUUCUUUUAUGUUUCUCCUUUCGCUAUUCACUUCAUGGUUUGUGUGUUUCUCUCUCCUCACAGUAUCUUCUUUUGCAUCUAAAAGAGCAAAAUCAUAAAGCCUAUAUAGUCUCUAACUUUUAUUUUACUUUUAGUUGCAUGCAUAAUUAUACAUACACAUGCAUGCAUGACAAUUAUUGUCUUACUAGAAUCACUACUCAAGUGUAGAUAAAUAAUAACCUAAUUGUUUGUUCUAUGGUUUUAGAAGAUGGGAAUCAACAGUCAAGCCGUGACUUCGUUUCAACUGCUAAGGCGAUUAAAUAUGGUGAUGUGAUGAAAAAGAUGAUACGAGGACGAAAACUGAUGAUGGCAAGUGGCGAAAAAGAAGAAGCUGAAACGAAGAUGAAGAGAGGAAAUAGAGAGACAGAGAGAAACUCAAGCAAAAGUGUUGAAGAAGAUGGACUUGUAGCUUACACUGCUGAUUAUUGGAGAGCUAAGCAUCAUCCUCCCAAGAACAACUAAUAUAAAAUAAUAAUAAGCAUGCCAGCUUCUACAUAUGAAUAUCUCUAUAGAUAUAUAACCUUAUAAUAUUAAGUGAAAUAUGUUUGUUAUAUGGUGUGUUUAAUUAAUAUGCUUUUGAAGUUUUGUUUACGUUGUAACGGCUUGUUUAAUGGUUUACAUGUAAACCAAAAUUUUGAACCUUUGAAGCUUUCUUUAAUAUAUAUAUAUG